ACUGUCAUGUUUACUGAAAAAAUAUAUAAUCAAAUUUAUUUUUCGUAAUGAUAAAUAAACAAUAAUUUUUCUUUUUAAAAGUAAAAUAUAAUUAAAUAAAAUUGCUUUAUAUAUUAAUUGGAAAUUUACGAUAUAAUAAAUAAUGGACGAAGGGAAAAAUGAGAUAAACAAUCGGAUUCAACAACAAAAAAUGAUGAUUGAGCAACAACGCCAAGAUGAAUUGCUUCGUUUACAACAAUCUGCAUUGCAUGAAAUGCAACAAGAAUCGUUAAACGAACAUGAAUCUGAAAUGCAGAGACAAAUGUUAUCGGUGCCAGCAAUGGGUCAAAAUGGGCCUCCACCCCCACCUCCGCCAGCUCCCACAGGAAUUCCUAGCCUAUUAUCGACAAAUUUUUUACCACCACCAACUGCAAUGCCUCCUCCACAAGUUAUGGGUGGUCCGCCACCGCCUGGUGGUAAGCAACCUGGACCACCACCAAAUUGGAAUCCAAAUAUGCGACCACCUGGUACCGGAUCAGAUGAUAUGAUGGCCCCACCUGGUGUGGAAGAUGGUGUAAAUAAAGAAAAGGCAUUACCAUCAUUAUUAACAAUGCGGGUCGAACGACCAAGUCAACUUGGCGAGAAUCCGAAUGAAGUAGUAGUUUUACCACAGGCUCUUGAACAAGCAUUAGCCUUCAAGGAUCAAAGGGCUCAAGAACUUGGUGUAAAUCCAGAAGAAGUAACUAUAGUUCAAGAAACUAUACCCGAACAAAAGUCUCCCACUCCUGUAAUUUCCUAUGGGCUAGAAGGUGAUGCGGAUUCCGACGAAGGUGAUGACGAAACAUCAAAUAAAACAAAAGAUAAAAGUGUAUCAAGACCAAGUAAAAAUAAACGUAAAAAGAAACGAAAGAAGGCACGCAAGGCACAGAAACAACAAGAAAAAGUAACGGAAGAUAAAACAACAGAAAAAGUUAAUGGAAAAGAAAGUGAAACUACUGAUGUUGAAGUCGAGUAUAUUCAAGAAACCCUAGGCCUGCAUGAAUUAGCUCCAAUGUACAGACAAUUUCAUCGAAUUUUUGAAGCUUUUAAAAUAUCUGACGAAAAGGAUUUGUUGGCAUCGACCUUAACCCCUGCGUCAUCAAAUCGUGUGCCUGCAAUUCCUGCCGAUGAUGAUCAGUUCCAACAAGAAGAAGGUGAUGAUGAUAAAAAAGUUGAUGCUGGAGAAAAAGCAAAAUUAUCAAAAAGAAAAUUAAAAAAAUUAACUCGUUUAAGUGUUGCGGAAUUAAAACAAUUAGUUUCACGACCAGAUGUUGUUGAAAUGCAUGACGUCACCGCAAGAGAUCCUAAACUUUUAGUACAGUUAAAAGCUCAUAGAAAUACUGUUCAAGUACCCAGACAUUGGUGUUUUAAAAGAAAAUAUUUACAGGGAAAACGAGGUAUUGAAAAACCUCCCUUUAAUUUACCAGAAUUUAUUAAGAAAACUGGAAUUAUGGAGAUGCGAGCUUCUCUACAAGAUAAAGACGAAAGUAAAACGUUAAAGGCCAAAAUGAGAGAACGUGUUCGACCUAAAUUGGGGAAAAUUGAUAUUGAUUAUCAGAAAUUGCAUGAUGCAUUCUUUAAAUGGCAGACCAAACCAAAAAUGACAAUUCAUGGUGAUUUAUAUUAUGAAGGAAAAGAGUACGAAACUCGAUUAAAAGAGAAAAAACCUGGUGAUUUAUCUGAAGAGCUGAGAACUGCAUUAGGUAUGCCAGUUGGCCCAAGUAGUAAUAAAGUUCCGCCACCGUGGCUGAUUGCCAUGCAACGUUAUGGACCACCGCCAUCCUAUCCAAAUUUAAAAAUACCUGGUUUAAAUGCACCAAUUCCAGAAAAUUGUUCGUUUGGUUAUCAUGCUGGCGGUUGGGGUAAACCUCCCGUCGAUGAGAAUGGUAAACCCUUGUAUGGCGAUGUAUUUGGCUCACAACUAGCAAAUGUUGAUGAUGGCCCUGACGAUACUGAUAUAGAUCGAACGUUAUGGGGAGAACUUGAAAGUGAAUCCGAAGAAUCCAGUGCAGAAGAAAGUGAAGAAGAAGAAGGUGUUGGAGCUGAAGGACAAGAUGCAGAAGCUGUGGCAGCUGGAUUAGCAACACCCGCUGAAGGUUUAGCUACACCAAGUGGCUUAAGUAGUGUACCAGCUGGUAUGGAAACUCCAGAUACAAUUGAAUUACGAAAGAAAAAAAUUGAGAGCGAAAUGGAAGGUGGUGAGACUCCAGUUUUAUAUCAAGUAUUACCAGAGCGGCGAAACGAAAGACUUGGUACUGCCAUGAUGGCAUCAACACAUGUUUACGAUAUGACAGGAGCUGGUGGAGCUCCGCCGCCUGCUGUAUUGGCUGCACGUAGAUUAGGCCAAACGACAGCACCGGUAGAUAGAGGAACAGUUGAGUUGGCACUAGAUCCUUCUGAAUUGGAUUUGGAUACAGAAGCUAUGGCUGUCCGUUAUGAGCAGCAAAUGCGAGAACAACAAUCACAACUUCAAAAGGAAGAUUUAUCUGAUAUGUUAGCCGAGCAUGUGGCACGGCAGAAGAGUAAACGUAAACGGCAACAAAAUGUUGAUACUAAACAAUCAAAGAAAUACAAAGAAUUUAAAUUUUAAAAUUUUUAUUUUGUAAGAUAUGGUAAAGUUUGCAUUUCCGUAAUUUAGGGGAAAAAUUGAAUUUUUUGUUUUAGUAUUGUAAGUGAAGAAUUGUAAAGCUAUAAAGUUAUUAUGUGUAUCAAUAAAGUGUCAUUAUUUCACACAUAAAACGCUAUUACAGUGAAAA